AUCACACGCAGGCAUCUUCUUCUCAUCUCCCUCCACGCUCUUUCUCCCCCAUCUCUCCCUCUGCUUCUCAGUUCUCUGAAACCCUAGAGAUCGAAACUGCGGCGAUUCUUGAGCUGCAUCCCCCUCCAAUCAUCGAUGUUAAAUUGCCUGGUCUUCAUAAAACUGAACUCUGUUGUUUCUCCAAGAGCCAAUUCUUUUUACUGAUUGGUAGCAGCUAGAACCAGAAACAUGCCUUCUUUGCAGUUGUUGCAGCUAACUGAUCAUGGGCGCAAAAUUUUGGCUUCUAGAAGGCGAACACUGGCAAUAGCCACGAGUAUUGUGGUAGUUGGUGGAACUUAUGCAUACACACAAUUAAGACAAAGAAGCAAAUCCAUCAAGCCAGAUGAGUCAAUUAAUGGGGUCCUACCUAGUAAUCAUGAAGAGAAUUCAAUUCAAAAUGGUACUAGUGAUAACCUAACAAGGUCAUCAAGGCGGAAAGGAGGAGGGUUAAGAUCUCUGCAAGUACUUGCUGCAAUCUUGCUCUCACGGAUGGGGUCGAUGGGAGUGAGAAACCUUAUUGCCUUAGUUACUACAGCAGUGCUGAGAACUGCCUUAAGUAUUAGAUUGGCAAAAGUUCAAGGGUUCUUGUUUCGAGCUGCUUUUCUUCGGCGUGUCCCUUCUUUUGUGCGCCUCAUCAUUGAGAAUCUUCUUUUGUGUUUUCUCCAGUCUGCUUUAUUUUCGACUUCAAAAUAUCUAACAGGGGCCUUGGGAUUGCAUUUCAGAAGGCUAUUGACGGAUCUCAUUCAUUCAGAUUAUUUCGAGAAUAUGGCAUACUAUAAAAUAUCACAUGUUGAUGAUAGGAUCAACAACCCGGAGCAGCGAAUUGCAAGUGAUAUACCAAGAUUCUGUUCUGAAUUAAGCGAGCUUGUACAGGAGGAUCUUACUGCAGUUAUCGACGGCUUAUUGUAUACAUGGCGUCUUUGUUCCUAUGCAAGUCCCAAAUAUGUGCUUUGGAUACUGGCAUAUGUCAUUGGAGCAGGUGCUGCAAUUAAAAACUUUUCUCCUGCCUUUGGGAAGCUUAUGUCCAAGGAGCAACAAUUGGAAGGGGAUUAUCGCCAGCUCCACUCACGGUUAAGGACGCAUGCAGAGAGUGUAGCAUUUUAUGGUGGCGAAAAUAGGGAAGCAUCCCACAUUCAGAAGCAAUUCAAGGCUCUUAUUAGGCAUAUGAACCUUGUUCUUCAUGAGCAUUGGUGGUUUGGAAUGAUUCAAGAUUUUCUCUUAAAAUACUUGGGUGCUACGGUUGGGGUGGUUCUAAUCAUUGAGCCAUUUUUUUCUGGCAACCUUCGACCUGAUAAUUCAACUUUAGGUCGAGCAGAAAUGUUGAGCAACCUCCGUUAUCAUACUAGUGUCAUAAUGUCUCUUUUUCAGUCACUUGGGACUUUGGCUAGCAGUUCACGGCGGUUGAAUCGUCUCAGUGGCUAUGCACAUCGUAUUCAUGAACUGAUGGCAGUAUCAAGAGAAUUAUCUGUGAUUCAUGACCAGUCAUUGAUCAAAAGCCAUACAAGCAGAAAUUAUAUUUCUGAAGCAAAUUACAUUGAAUUUGCAGGAGUGAAGGUAGUGACGCCAACAGGAAAUGUGUUGGUUGAUGACUUGUGUUUGAGGGUCGAGUCUGGUUCUAAUCUCUUGAUUACAGGGCCAAAUGGAAGUGGGAAAAGCUCUCUCUUCAGGGUUCUUGGUGGUCUCUGGCCACUAGUAGAGGGCUAUAUUGUGAAACCUGGGGUUGGAUCCGAUUUGAAUAAGGAGAUCUUUUAUGUGCCACAACGACCAUAUACAGCUGUGGGAACACUUCGUGACCAACUGAUUUACCCCCUUACAGCUAGCCAGGAAACUGAUCCACUUACCUAUGAUGGAAUGGUUGAUCUACUAAAAAAUGUUGACCUCGAGUACUUAUUGGAGCGCUAUCCAUUCGAAAAGGAAGUCAACUGGGGCGAAGAACUCUCUCUUGGUGAACAACAGAGACUUGGAAUGGCCAGAUUGUUCUACCAUAAGCCUAAGUUUGCCAUUCUUGAUGAAUGUACAAGUGCUGUCACUACUGAUAUGGAAGAAAGAUUCUGUGCCAGGGUUCGUGCAAUGGGGACAUCAUGUAUCACUAUUUCACACCGUCCGGCAUUAGUUGCAUUCCAUGAUAUAGUUUUGUCUUUGGAUGGUGAAGGGAGAUGGAGUGUUCAGGACAAGAGGGAUGAUGAUUCUACUGAAAUUGGUCAAAAGCUGUUAGAAUCAACUGAGACUGAUCGUCAGGCUGACGCACUUGCUGUUCAAAGGGCUUUUGCUCCAACUGGAAAGAGGACUACAUUCUCAAAGUCCAAUGCCCAUUCAUAUGUACCAAAAGUGAUAAAAUCAUCCCCUGCUUUGGAGCGUAAUAUUCAGUUGCCCAUUGUUCCACAAUUGCAAAAGACUCCAAGAAUAUUGCCUCUUAGAGCUGCAGCAAUGUUUAAAGUAUUGGUCCCCACCUUGCUUGACAAGCAGGGCGCUCAAUUGUUGACCGUUGCUUUACUUGUUAUGUCUAGGACAUGGAUAUCCGACCGAAUAGCAUCUUUGAAUGGAACUACUGUAAAAUAUGUGCUGGAGCAGGAUAAAAUAGCUUUUAUGAGAUUGAUCGGCAUUAGUGUUCUUCAAAGUGCUGCAAAUUCUAUUGUUGCACCCUCACUCAGGCAUCUGACAUCCAGACUUGCCCUUGGGUGGCGAAUUCGCCUUACUCAGUAUCUACUCAAAAAUUAUUUGAAAAGGAAUGCAUUUUAUAAGGUAUUUCAGAUGUCUGGUAAAAACAUUGAUGCAGACCAGAGAAUUACACAUGACGUGGAUAAGUUGACUUCAGAUCUUUCAGGAUUAGUCACGGGAAUGUUCAAACCUUCUGUUGAUAUUCUCUGGUUCACCUGGAGAAUGAAGCUCCUGACUGGUCGAAGGGGAGUUGCCAUUUUAUAUGCCUAUAUGUUACUCGGCUUGGGUUUUUUGAGAAGUGUCACUCCUGACUUUGGUGACCUAGCAAGUAGGGAACAACAGCUAGAAGGAACUUUUAGGUUCAUGCAUGCAAGAUUGCGCACUCAUGCUGAAUCUAUUGCUUUCUUUGGUGGUGGGUUUCGAGAAAAAGAGAUGAUUGACUCAAGAUUUAGAGACUUGGUCAAUCACCGUAAGAUCCUCUUGAAGAAAAAGUGGCUAUUUGGCAUAGUGGAUGACUUCAUUACCAAGCAACUUCCCCAUAAUGUGACAUGGGGACUCAGUUUAUUAUAUGCAAUGGAGCAUAAAGGAGAUCGUGCUUUAACCUCUACUUUAGGUGAGCUGGCUCAUGCACUACGCUUCUUAGCUUCUGUGGUCUCACAGAGCUUUCUGGCAUUUGGUGACAUUCUCGAAUUGAAUAGAAAAUUUCUUGAGCUCUCUGGAGGUAUAAAUAGGAUCUUUGAGCUGGAGGAACUUCUCGAUGCAGCACAAAACGAAGAUUUACCAUCUGAUGUUUCUCUAGCAUCUGAAAUGGAUGAUAUACAUGCUCAAGAUAAAAUUUCAUUCUCUAAAGUUGAUAUAAUAACCCCAUCACAGAAGUUAUUAGCCAGGCAAUUAACUUGUGAUGUUGUUCAAGGGGAAAGCUUGCUUGUUACUGGACCAAAUGGAAGUGGGAAGAGUUCUGUCUUCAGAGUUCUUAGAGGUUUAUGGCCUGUUGUUAGUGGAACACUCACCAAGCCUCAACAAAGUAUUCGUCAGGGAGCGGGAUUGGAGUGUGGAAUGUUCUUUGUUCCCCAACGGCCAUACACAAGUCUGGGGACCUUGAGGGAUCAAAUCAUUUACCCUCUCUCACAUGAAGAAGCAGAACAAAGGCUGCUUGCAUUGUUUGAGUCAGGCAAUAAGUCUGUUGGUGCUCGCCUUCUCGAUUCUCACUUGAAGUCAAUUCUUGAAAAUGUCCGAUUGGUCUAUCUUCUUGAAAGAUAUACCAAUGGAUGGGAUGCUACUCCUAACUGGGAAGAUGUCCUAUCGCUAGGAGAACAGCAGAGGCUUGGCAUGGCCAGGCUGUUUUUUCACCACCCCAAAUUUGGCAUCCUGGAUGAGUGCACAAAUGCCACGAGUAUUGAAGUUGAAGAGCACCUUUACAGGCUUGCUACCGAAAUGGGGAUAACAGUCAUAACAUCAUCUCAACGACCUGCCUUGAUACCAUUCCAUUGCACGGAGUUGAGGCUUGUUGAUGGCGAGGGCAAGUGGGAAUUAUGCUCUAUCAAUUCACAACAAUGAAAAUGUUGUUCUGUUUGGUUCUCCAAUGUGUUCUCCUGUGCAGCAUUAUUAUUCGACAAAUAUGCCCUCCUCCAGCAGUGCCAUCCAAACAGGUUAACUCUGCCAUGCUGAAACUUUAUACAAUAAUUCCAGAUAUUGCGUGUUUGCAGUGACAGAUGCUUCUUUUGCGGAAGGUUUGGGCCUGAAGCAAAGUAGGUUUCGGUUGCCUGGUUUCCAAUUUAGCAAUGCAAAGUGCGGCCCAUAAUUUUAUCUUGUAGCAUGGGCAUGCUAUAUGCUUGCUGUACAUAAUAACAUAUUGUGUAGGUAUAUCCCAUGGCACUCUCUGGUGCCCAAUUUAUUUACUAGUAAGUCACACUCCCUGGAAUAACAUAGCUCGCCCAUUCUCUGUGAGCUGAAAGGAUGUUUGAAGUCACCAAAGUUAGCUAAUUUUAAGGGACAUGGGAAGCAGAUAUCCAUUUUACAUUACAGUCUACAUGUGUAUUCAAUUCAGCAAGGUCAAUCCUCUAAAUGUUAUUACGUUAAUCAGGCUUACAGCAACCAAUUGUUACUCUAAUUUCAAUGAUGAUUUAUCUUUGUAUAAAAUAAAAAUGCAUAUACUCAUUUACUUCA